AUGGCCACCCUUGUCGCAUCGUCGACGUCUUCUGGCUCCCCAUCAACGGCAGCUGCUACGUCGACGCCGACGACUGGGAGUGGGGCCAGUGCUUCGAAUCAAUCUUCACCGUCAAGUAAUUCUCCUAAAUCACCUAUUCCACCCACUCCUCCUCCAAAUACUCGAAUGGAAAGCGUUACUAGUGAGGAAGAGGUAAUUGAAUUCCUUCGUGAACACUUCACCACAAAGGAGCCCAUCCUUUCUAAUCUUCAUAUCUCUAAAAUUGAUGAACUCACUGUGUUACUUACUGAUGUGGUUCGCGAUUGCAUGAGUUGUCCAGCAUCGAGGGUGAUCCGAGAUUCCCAAUCCAAUGAGCUGCUUGGAGUUUGCCUUUCCAGCAGAGCGUCGUUAUUUGAAAAGCAGAUGGAUCGCCUUUUUUGUUACGAGUUCACUGAUCCCCAACUGCGCAUAGCUAUCGACUUCCUAAAGUCCGUUUUCAAUCGUGCUGAUGUCGCUUACCAUCUUGAAGAAAACCAUGUGACCAAGCCGGUAUUCGUUGCGAUCGUCUCUGUUCAUCCAGACCACUGGAAUAAAGGAAUCGCUAGCGCCCUCCUCGAGAAUUGCCUACUGGCUGCUCGAGAAGAUCGUUGCGAUGGAGCUUUGGCGCUAUGUAGCAGUAGCCGAGCCAGUCGUUUGAUGCUGAAGAAGUUUAAAAAAGUGGUGUGUCGAACUCGAUAUUGUGACUAUCGUGGCGAGUACAGGAAUCCGCCUAUUUCGCCUCCGGAACCUGAUUCGGCCAUUCACGUGCUUUUAACAAAAUUGUAG